AUGUCCAGAGUGGAAGCUUUUGGGGACACAAACCUUCGCUCCCUGCUGAGGGAGUUACGAACCGAUAUUGCCAUGGCAGUAGAUGACGCUUUCCCUCUUGUCUUUGGUUUGGCUGACAGAAACAUUAUCACUGAUCAACUACUUAAGGAAACUUUGGAGAAGGAGGGCAGAGAGGGGAUCCACAAGGCCAUGUACUCGCUCCUGUCCUGGGUCCUGGAGCAGAGCAGAUCCACCAUCAAGGCUUUCUGGAGCAAUUUGUCCAAAGACUACAAUCUGGAAAGCUAUACCAAGCUAAAGUCACUGCUAACAAAUGUGCACCAGAGACGGGUUGCUGCAGGUUUCAGUAGUGAGAAAAAAUCCUCUGGAGGCCACAAAACAGCGAACAUAAAGAAGAGGAGCCAUACAGAUGGAGGCGCAAAGGCACACAGUCAGCAUCCACAGUACCAUGCCAAGACAAGCAAUGGAGCAGGUGCUUCAGUCCAAAGACCAGUUGCUCUAUCUAGCUCCUCCUCAGGUGAUCCACUAAGCAGCCAUGAGGUUGGAGAGAAGACCCUCAUCCAACAGGUGUUCGGCUCCAAUGGAUCCUCCAGAAAACACAUCAAGGUUCACUAUAAUGAUGAUGAGUGUGCAGUGUGUAAGGAUGGAGGAGAGCUGAUCUGCUGUGAUGGAUGUCCUCGAGCUUUUCACCUGACCUGCCUCCACCCUCCACUCACAUCCAUACCAAGUGGACCUUGGCAGUGCGAGUGGUGCUGUGGAAACAGAGUGAAAAUAGAGAAAACACAGCAACCUCUGCAACCUCAGCAAACAAAUACAAACUCCAGUACCUCUAUGGUAGACAUCUCCUUCUUCUCCUCGCUGUCAUCCUCAUCUCUCACCCCUAUCACAGCUUCAAUGAAUGGAUCCGGUGGAAGAAACCUCCAGUGCUCAGGUGGAGAACUGAUCAAUAUGAGGGAGGUGUGUGGUGUUUGUCACCUGGAAGGAGGAGACCUCACUCAAUGCCUGCAGUGUUUGCAGCAUUUCCAUGUGCAUUGCCACUUCUUCAAAGGAAGAUCCAUCUGCUUGUCCUGCUCCGGGGUCUGGGGAGGCUCUGCAGGGACGGAGGCAGAAAGUCCACAGCUCUCCCUAGUGGAUCAAAGCACAUACACUCCUGAUAAGAGCUCCUGUGUUUCUGAACCCAACCUCCAUAAAGAUGAACUGGACUCCAUUCUGGGAGACGGCUCUAUUGACGGCAUCUAUCAGUGGGCUUUCCACAACAUUGCUCGGCCUCUUCCAGAUUCUCAGGGUUGCUUCCAGUGACAAAUGAAUUCUGCGACCAAGUCUGAUAUAUCUACCAGGCUGAAGUUAAACUGCAAAGAAGCAAAGAGGAAUAAUCAAACAGAGAUUACAGAAUACAGUGAAGAAUAUUUUUCUUAUA